GCGUGUGUGGCUGGGGGAAGCCAUUGCCUGUUUAAUAGUUGCUGUUGCUGCACUUCCGCUUCUCUCCCAGCGAGAGAGAGACACGAGUGGCCAGGCCCAGCCGCAGCCGCAGCAGCAGCCGCGGCGGCGGCACGGAGGAGCCAGACACAAAGAGAGGGGCCGUUUGCGGGGUGGGGUGGGGGGUUCGCUAUGUCGGAUGACGAUUCGAGGGCCAGCACCAGCUCCUCCUCAUCUUCGUCCUCCAACCAGCAAACCGAGAAAGAAACAAACACCCCCAAGAAGAAGGAGAGUAAAGUCAGCAUGAGCAAAAACUCCAAGCUCCUCUCCACCAGCGCCAAGAGGAUUCAGAAGGAACUGGCAGACAUCACUUUAGACCCUCCACCCAACUGCAGUGCUGGCCCCAAAGGUGAUAACAUCUAUGAAUGGAGAUCAACCAUUCUAGGGCCUCCAGGAUCUGUGUACGAAGGUGGUGUGUUUUUCCUUGAUAUCACUUUUACACCAGAAUAUCCCUUCAAGCCUCCAAAGGUUACAUUUCGAACAAGAAUCUAUCACUGUAAUAUUAAUAGUCAAGGAGUUAUUUGCUUGGACAUAUUGAAAGAUAAUUGGAGUCCAGCACUAACCAUUUCUAAAGUUCUCCUUUCUAUCUGCUCACUUCUUACAGACUGUAAUCCUGCCGACCCUUUGGUGGGAAGUAUUGCCACUCAGUAUAUGACCAACAGAGCAGAACAUGACAGAAUGGCCAGACAGUGGACCAAGAGAUACGCUACAUAAAUUGGGUUUUCACAAUUCUUACAUUAUUUGUCUGUCACAGAAGAGAGCUGCUUAUGAUUUUGAAGGGGUGGGGGAGGGUGGGAGCUGGUAAAGAGUAGGGUAUUUCUAUAACAGAUAUUAUUCAGUCUUAUUUCCUAAGAUUUUGUUGUAACUUAAGGUAUCUUGCUACAGUAGACAAAAUUGGUAAUAGAAACUUUUAAAACUGUCAUUAGUUCUGCAAUAUUAGCUGAAAUGUAGUACAGAAAAGAAUGUACAUUUAGACAUUUGGGUUCAAUUGCUUAUAGUCUAAUUUUAAAACAGCUUAAUUUUGUACAGGUUACACAUAUGGCCAUUUAUGUAAAAGUCCUAAGACUACAUACUUUUUGUUUUAAAAAAAAAUUUGGAAUUUUUUCCCCCUUCUUGAAAGGGAACAUUGCUAUUCAACAGUUUGUAGACACUGUCAUCUCAUAUGUAUAAGACACCAUGUAGAAAAUCAGUAGUUAAUGUAUUUUAUUUUAUAUGCAAAUCUUUAAAGAUUUAAAUCAGGACUUGUGAAAACCUGUAGUGAAAUACCUUAAGCUGUUAAGGCGUGGAAUAGGAGUCACUCAGUGGAUUGGUUAUAUGUUGUAGACUUCUUACGUCUGCAUUUGUUACUGUGCUAAUAAACAAUAUUAAAAACAACCA